UGCAUCUGGGGUGAGCUGGAGCUGUGUCUGCAGUAGGAUUGCAGAGAGAUAUGUGCUGAUUUCCCAGGGAGAGAUCAGUCAUUGAGAUUAUUGGGACCGUUAUGUACAGAAUAGAUCAGCAGAAUGUUCUGUGAUCCACAUUUCUGAAAAUAUACCCACUAAAUCACCAGAAGGACAUUUCUCGAAACGCUGGUUCUUGGCGCAGCAUUAUUGUUUCCUAGAGUUCCACCUCUCUCCACGUUAUCCAGCGGGCCCCCAGAGGUAACACUUUCUCACGGUGUCCCAGAGUUAACCCUUGCUCUGUCCAGAUGUCCAGGGUUAAAACAGAUGAGGAAGAAUACUGGCACGGAUCCAAGUUCAAGGCCUUUACUUUUGACGAUGACGAUGAUGAACUAUAUCAGUUGAAGGAAUCCAAGCGAGCGGUAAAUAGUUUGAAAGCCAUUGUAGAUGAAGAGGACGAUGAAGGGGAGAGGUUUACCUGGAGUGGGGAACCUGUGGGAAGUAUAUCAUGGUCCAUUCAAGAAACUGCAUCAAACGCCCGAGCAGGGACUGAGACGAGAGAACAUAGACCCACAGCCGAUACAUCAUCUUAUGCCUACUCCAAAAUUGGUUCUGCAAAUGCCCUGAGCAACCUCUUUAAAGUAAAGUCCAGAACGAGCAGCUUUCAGGCCUUGUCUGAUGUUCUUCUGGAUACAAAUAUGAAAAGUCUUGCUCCAGAGCUGCGUAAACCCAAGUCUGAGUAUCAGGAUUACAGUGGAGAUUGGAGCAUUGAGGACACUGUUCGACGAUUGCAGAAAGGAAAGAGCUGCUCAAUGGAGAGAUUCCGGGCUCUGAAAGAAAAACUGCGACUUUUGGAUGAAGCAGUUGGACUCCACGAUGGAAACGUGAUCACUGCUGUUUUAAUAUUCCUGAAAAAAACCUUGAAUUCUGAGGUUCUGUUUCGGGAGCUUGAGCGUAGACAAGUGGCUUUGCGGCAUUUUAUCCACUUCCUUAGAGAGACGGAGGAGCAACAACUCCUAAUGGAUCUAUUCAGGUUUCUGGACCGAGCUGAGGAGCUAGCUAUUUGUAAAUACAGAGAACAUCUGAACAUUAGCAGUGCAGAGGAAAGGAGAGAUUUUCUGAAAACCAAAUGUAUCAGCCUUCCCUUCUCCCAAGAAGAUGCUUCCCAUGUACAGGACCAUUACACUUUACUAGAGAGACAGAUCAUCAUAGAGGCCAACGACCAGCACCUGGAAACCACAGGACAGGAUCAGAUGUUCCGCAAAUAUCCUAGAAAGGCAUCUCUACUCUUCAUGCCACUUGUUACCACUCUAUUCUAUUCUUGUAUUUACCAUUAUACAGAAGGAGAGGGGACUUUCAGCAGCCCAAGUAACAUCCGGAAAACAUUCAAGAUCCCAGAAAAAUUGUAUAUACUCACAGCACUAGCAGCACGUGCAAAGCUUAAAGCAUGGAGUGACGUGGAUGCUCUUUUUACUACAAAGAAUUGGUUGGGUUACACCAAGAAGAGAGCACCUGUGGGUUUUCACCGAGUGGUGGAGAUUCUGCACAGGAAUGGAGCCCCAGCACAGGUCCUACAAGAUUAUAUUCGUCUUGUGGAAGAUGCUGAAACAAGAGUAGCAUUGGCAACCAAAUACAAGUGUCAUGAUGUUGUCAUUGAUACCUACAAGGACCUGAAAGACCGACAGCUGCUGAUGGUAUAUAGGUGUAAAGUGGAGCGUGGAUCUCCUGAAGAGGACAAGAUAGACAUGAUACUGAGCAACACGCAAAUUCGAUGGAAAAACUAAUGGAUAACAACCAAACACAUCGUUGCCAAUACUGCACAGAUUGCCAAUAAUAAACAUCCCUUUCUCUUCCUCCCUCUGUCUCACUCCAUGUGAACUACCUCUCUUAGUAAUAACCUACACAUUUCCUUUUUUUGUUGUUUUUUUUCUGUUGCUACUACUCUUAUACAGAGUCGUAACCCUUUACAACGUGUUUUAUUAAUUUGUUGAGUUUACCCAGUUUCUCCAUAUAACACGGAUUUGUUUGUCUUUAAGUGCUCUCCCCCCAAAUUUUUGUUAUAUUUUGUUUUAUAAAAUGCUUUUGUACAUUUGGUA